AUGUCUCCGUCGCGCUCGCAACCAAGGGCUAAUGUACUGACCCAUCAGCCCACCUCGACCGAAACGACUUCGACGCCUACGAGACCGCGGAGGAUGAUAGAGAGGGAGUCGCAAAUCACGAAACUUGAAUCCGCUGUCUUAUAUCCCCGGCUAGUUCUUUUGGAAGCUCUUACUGGCUUCAUGAAUAAACCAAAGCAACGAGCAAAAUCCGGUCUUGCGAUGUGUGAGGCUCGACGAGAUUUCCUGGAUUCCUUCGCUUAUCUUUGCGACGUGGAGAAAGGCGGCAAAACGGUCACGGCUACUGGCUUACAAAGACUAGAGAAGGACAACCAACUCUGGCUGGCUGCUAACGAAGGUAUACGCGAUGAUAUCCUGAUAUAUGCAAACGAUGUCUUGGAUCAGAUCAAAUCCGCAACCGCAGAGACUCAGAGCAUCAUUCAAGACCGCAUUGUGGCUCUUAGUGUCGAGAAGUGUAAGCCGAGGAUACAGGUCUACAAAACAGCGGUGCAGGAACUUGCACUGAAAUGCAGAAUGGCUCUCCGAAGAGUCGAGAGAGACGACGCCGUUAAUCUUCUACGAACCAAGUUGAAGAAGCUGCAUGAGCCGUCACCAAGUAUGAGCUUGGGCAGCUACGUUGAUCUGUGUCAUACUCUGAGAACCGAGUGCAUAGAGGCUAUCAAGUUACACUCCAGCACCACGGACGACGACUUCGGCAAACUAGCGCAUUUUGUCUAUCGCAUAGGUGCGACACGCGAAGCAGCAAACAAAGUCGUCGAAGCUAUGAUUCGUGUUCCUUCUCUUCAGCGAAUAUCCAGGAUACAGACCAUUAGUACGCCCCAAGUUGUCAAGAAGACCAUAUCGCCAAGCUGCAUGAGUCCACAUGAGGUCUUUUACGGUGUGCUCAAAGAGACCAGCCCAAAUGUUCCUUUGAAGUUUCAACAAGCAUUCCUCCAGCUAUACCAUUUGGACUCAUUACCAACGAGACCAAUCUAUAACCACAUGGUCUCGAAAGAAACGGUAGUGACCAGGAUACACGCCGAACUCCAAAUUGCAGACAAGUUCGCCAGGUCGCAGGCCAUCAACUUCGUUGACGACGACAAGGUUAUUCUGAGCCUGCAACCCACUGCAAAGUUAUACCCGGCUGUCGUGGACCAGACUAUGAGCUGA